UUCUUUAAUAUAUGGUUGGUAUAUUUUUUAAUACAUGGUUGAUACAUUUUCAAGUACAUUUCCAACACACAAAUUUAUGUUCGAUAUCUCUCUACGAAGCUUUACUCGUGAAAGCAAUAUUAUUUAAUCACGCUUUGCCCUUUCUUAAAUGUUCAAGAGGUAUAAAUACCCUUGUGAUAAAUGAUUCUCAUCGCUGACAUUUCGUCCGCAUAGCGAUGCGCGCGAGAUACGACUCCGUGCCGAUGUGCUGAUCAGCUGAUCAGACAUGCUUCUAUUCGAAAACUCGAGGCAGAAUUUGCAGCUUAUUGUUUUACGUCGCGAUACAUGAGCUUCCUGUAAGGAUCAGCGCCUGUGACAAUUAUUGACGGAGGCUGAUCACCUCGAGUAUUGUGCAAAAAUGACACAAGAACUGUCCGGUGUAACAAUAGUGAUAUUUAUAGCGGCGGGCGUUUUGACGAUACUGCUGCUGUUCAUCUUCGCGAAACGACAGAUCAUGAGAUUCGCUCUGAGAUCUCGUCGAGGACCCCACGUUCCUAUAGGGCACGAUGCGAAAAAGUCCUUAAAGAAGGAGAUUGAGAGAAGAAUAGAGGUGAUACCUAGAAUUCAGUAUGAACCACAACUCAUCAGUGAUCCUAGGUACAUCCUGACUCCAGGGAGUCAAGCUCCGCCGCAUUAUUACAGGCUGAAAGCGGUGGACGAUGUGAAGACCUUGGAAGCAGAGAUCACCAAGUACGACAAUUGUCUGAAGAGACAUCCUUCGGAGAACCUGAGGGCAUACCUGCUCACCACACUGGCCACUCCGUUGAACGGAAGUGGCCAACGCCUGAUUCACCAGUUCUGCGACUUGUACGAGCACGCAAGGCACGAUCCUACUGAGUUCGGUGACGAGGAAUAUCAAGUGUACACUCGCCUGUAUCUGAAGUUGAUGGAUGCGGCACGUUUACUGAAGUCAUAUCCGAGCAGUAGAAAGUCCAGCCCUAGUCGCACGCCGAUCAAGAAAAGCGUGGAGACAAAGAGAAAUAUUCUGGAACCCAGAAUGCGUCCGCCCGAGGAACAAAUUUUGACCGGUUCCAGGCCGAAUACUCUAACGGUAAUGACGUUAGACAACAGCGAGACGUCCGUGUAGCAUUAUGAGUGUCGUCACAUACAACAUAUGUGACGAGGAAAUUGUAGAUAGGUAUGAUACCGAUAUAAUUUGCAUCAAGUUCUACGUGUAAAUGAAACAUACGAUUUAGUUGGGAAUUGUUAAUAUGCAUUUUUUUACUUUUAAGCACACUUAAGAUCGUUAUUUUGUUCGAGGAGUAUUAUCAGUAUUAUCAAAUAAUACAUUUUGUAGGCAAGCUAGUAUGCUUCUUUCCGCAACAUUUCUUUGAUACACCUGUUUAUAUAAAUUUACUUUUAUACGUAUGCGUGGUGACGCCUUAUAAAAUAGUUCUCACACUUUGCUUAGGUAUCAUAAGAUAUUGAAAAGCACUGAUGUAUAUAAGAACAGUGUAGAUAUGAUUGAGAAUUAGCUAAUUAGCUAAUUAGUAAUAGAGCAGAAUUUUUUAAAGUCUUUUGUCACGUGCAAGCGCUUUUAAAGCACUUAUCUUACAUGUAAUGUUUGACAUGCUCUAGCAUUGUCAGUGAUUUUUUAAUAUAAUUAAUUUCCUUGUCAGUUAUAAAAUUCAGAUAAUUCAGUAUUACAUUUUAAAUACAGUUUUAAAUUUUAAAUACAAUUUUAAAUAGAGUUGAUCGCACGGAUCUAUACAUAUCUCUAAAUACAAUUUAGAAAUAACUCUGAAAUAAUUAAAUAUACCGAAGUGUUCCGUUCGUCUUUUCAUUCCUCUUCAAUACUUACGUGUUUUAAUAAUGAGUAAUUAGCAUAUCCUUUUCUACACGUUACCGUUGUAAACAAAACAUUUUUACAAUUUGACCAAUUGAAUGCUAAUUAUGCAA